UUUUGUCAAAAUCGGGCCAUUGAAUUGAAACAGGGGAUCAUAUUCAGUCGGAAUUGUAGCAUUACACGAAAAUGCACGGACGGCCUCGAAAACCCCUGAAACCGGAAGAUGUGGCGGCUUCAGCUGCGAAAGCACAGAAGCUACGGGCUCUUCAGUCACAGUUCCUCGCCAAUCACCACGAAAAGAACUAUACUAAGGAGGGUUUAGAGGUAAGCGCGAAGCUUCUGGAGAUCAAUCCGGAAUGCUCUACUGCUUGGAACUAUAGGAAGCUCGCUGUCGAACAUUUUCUCAGUCAGUCUGAAUCUGAUGCGGGCUCUGUCAAAGCGAUCCUUGAUGAGGAGCUUAGAGUGGUUCCUUUCUUAUACUUCUUCUUUUUCGUGGUGAGUGCAUUGAGACAAAAUUAUAAGGCUUAUGGAGCAUGGCAUCACCGGAAGUGGGUUAUAGCUGAGGGACAUUCCUCUAUAGAUGAUGAGUUAAAGCUUCUGGACCAUUUCCAGAAGGCUGAUUCACGGAACUUCCAUGCUUGGAAUUACAGGAGGUUUGUGACAGCAUUGAACAACAGAUCGGAUAAGGAUGAACUAGAUUACACGGAGAACAUGAUAGAAACAAAUUUUAGCAAUUAUUCAGCAUGGCAUAACCGUAGUGUACUUCUGUCUAACUUGCUCAAGAAAAAGGUUGAGGGAUUUUUGUCCAAAGAAGAUAUUCUGAAGAAGGAGUAUGAAUUUGUACAUCAAGCUCUUUUUACUGACCCAGAUGAUCAAAGUGGUUGGUUUUAUCAUCUUUGGCUUCUUUAUCAAACAUUUAAUGCUGAAUCUCCAAGUCUCAUUUCUACUUGGCCUGCUCAUGGUUCUGAACUCACUGUAUCGAGUGAUAGGUUCCUUUAUGGCUCUCCUUCUUCUUCUACCUUUUCCACCUUGCAUUUUGAAUCAGGAAAAUUACCACUGGUUCUCUAUUUCAAUCAGCCUGUUGAAGGUGUAAACAAAUCAACAAUAACAGUUAAGUCAGAGCUUAGCAUAAUCAAUGAUCUAAAUUGGAAACCACUGUCAACAAAUGACUCUCAUCUCUCUCAAAUUUGGGUGGCAUAUCUGAGUUUCCAUGAUAUAAAGCUUGAGGCUUUGAAAGCCAAUUCAGUGGAAGUUAGUGUUUGGCAUUCUCAGGGAAUCUUUUCCUCAAGUGGUUCCCUCCAGGGCCAGCCUUUUCAAUUUGCAUUCAAAGUAAAUGCGCAAGAAGUUGAAACAGAUCCUGCUGCUAGGCAGGAUGGAACAUCUAUUUCAUGGGAAGACAAAAACUUCUAUGAAACUAAAAUUGGGGAAGCAAGUCCCAUCCUCCCUUUCCGUCAAUUGAAUGAAAACGAUGACCACGAGCCAGUAGAUUCUAAAUGGCACGUGGAUAUUAUAGCUGAAGAGAUUGAUCACUUUAGAGAGUUGUCAGAGAUGGACUGUAAAAUUGGAAAGCUCACUCUUGCAAGACUGUUGACGGCUCAUGAUGCUUUAACGUUUCCAUCUACAAACAAGUUGGUCUAUUCUGAGGAAGUUCUUAAACUGUAUACUGAACUUAUCAGGUUGGACCCAAUGCAUGCUGAAUACUACAAGGAUAAACACAGCUUGGCUUUAUUGCAGAAAGUGACUUCAUGUAGGGAAUCUUUGCUGGAACGCUGUUUUCACUAUAAAGACUUGACUUCAUUGGGUAUUGGCGUCCCUGUCUGCCUACGGCUGAAUAAUUUAUCCAUAUCACGACUGGGAUCUAUUGAGAACUUAUUAUGGGUUCAAAUGCUGGACCUUAGCCACAAUGAUAUUAGAUCAAUAGAAGGAUUGGAGGCUAUGCAGCUUCUCUCCUGCUUGUGUCUGAAGAACAACAAACUCGGAAGUGUCUCUGCCUUGGAGCCUCUUAGGUCCCUCAAGUCAUUAAAAGUUUUAGAUAUUUCAUACAAUGAGAUAGGUGCACACUCCAUUGACACAAAAAAGUACUUGUGCUCUUCUCCAUUUCUUCAUCUGGUUGAAAGUGAACGGAAUCAUGACGAAACUAUGACAAGUAGCAUCAAUGCCUCAGAUUACUGGAAAUUCUCUCUUAUUUUCGAAGGAUUGAGUUUGACACAGUUAGACAUAGCAGGGAAUGCAAUCACCAACGAAAACUUCAAGUCAUUUCUUGUUAAGCUUCUGCCUACACUUGAGUGGCUGGAUGGUGAACAUGUACUUUGAUUCACUUUACUUCUGUCAUUAUGGUUGGUAUACCAUUUUCUUCUGUAACAGGAUAAUCUCAGGAACUGUAACAGUCCAUGGAUUUUCAGAUACUAAAAUUUAAUAUGCAUGAGUUAACAUGAAUAUUGUUUCCAGUUA